UCCUUCUCUGUGGGAGUGGUGUCUAGACAGCCCGGGGAGGGUGUGCGAAGGAGGUGCGUGUCGGUUGCCUCAGCUAAGAGCUUGACUCCACAAGCGUGACCAAAGACAAACGGGGAAGAAGAUCGAGAAGGCCCACAGAGACCCCGGAGGAAUCAGGGAGCUUUUGCGAACAUUUGGAGAAUGUGAGAACUGGGAUGCAGGGAUGUCGACUAUCUGCCCACCACCAUCUCCCGCUGUUGCCAAGACAGAGAUUGCUUUGCGUGGUGAAUCCCCGUUGCUGGCUGCUACCUUUGCUUACUGGGAUAACAUUCUCGGUCCUAGAGUAAGACACAUUUGGGCUCCAAAGACAGAACAGGUACUUCUCAGUGAUGGAGAAAUAACUUUUCUCGCCAACCACACUCUAAAUGGAGAAAUUCUUCGAAAUGCAGAGAGCGGAGCUAUUGAUGUAAAGUUUUUUGUCUUAUCUGAGAAAGGAGUGAUUAUCGUUUCUUUAAUCUUCGACGGCAACUGGAAUGGAGACCGGAGCACGUACGGACUGUCGAUUAUCCUUCCACAGACAGAGCUUAGUUUCUACCUCCCACUGCACAGGGUGUGUGUUGACAGGUUAACACACAUCAUUCGGAAAGGAAGGAUAUGGAUGCACAAGGAAAGACAAGAAAAUGUCCAGAAAAUUGUGUUGGAAGGCACAGAAAGAAUGGAAGACCAGGGUCAGAGUAUCAUUCCCAUGCUUACUGGGGAAGUCAUUCCUGUGAUGGAGCUGCUUGCAUCUAUGAAGUCACACAGUGUUCCUGAAGAAAUAGAUAUAGCUGAUACAGUGCUCAACGAUGACGACAUUGGUGACAGCUGUCAUGAAGGCUUUCUGCUCAAUGCCAUCAGCUCACAUCUGCAGACCUGCGGCUGUUCCGUCGUCGUAGGCAGCAGUGCUGAGAAAGUAAAUAAGAUAGUGAGAACGUUGUGCCUUUUUCUGACUCCAGCCGAGAGGAAAUGCUCCAGGCUAUGUGAAGCAGACGCAUCCUUUAAGUACGAAUCGGGACUCUUUGUCCAAGGCCUGCUAAAGGAUGCAACGGGAAGCUUUGUACUGCCCUUCCGGCAAGUGAUGUAUGCCCCGUACCCCACCACGCACAUUGACGUGGAUGUCAAUACCGUCAAGCAGAUGCCACCGUGUCACGAGCACAUCUACAAUCAACGCAGGUACAUGAGAUCGGAGCUGACGGCCUUCUGGAGGGCAACUUCAGAAGAGGACAUGGCUCAGGACACCAUCAUCUACACGGAUGAGAGCUUCACCCCUGAUUUGAAUAUUUUCCAAGAUGUCUUACACAGAGAUACUCUAGUGAAAGCCUUCCUGGACCAGGUCUUCCACCUGAAGCCUGGGCUGUCUCUCAGGAGCACCUUCCUCGCACAGUUCCUGCUUGUUCUCCACAGAAAAGCCUUGACGCUAAUCAAGUACAUAGAGGACGACACGCAGAAGGGGAAAAAGCCCUUUAAGUCUCUUCGGAACUUGAAGAUAGAUCUUGAUUUAACAGCAGAGGGCGAUCUUAACAUAAUAAUGGCUCUAGCUGAGAAAAUUAAGCCAGGCCUACACUCUUUCAUCUUUGGGAGACCUUUCUACACUAGUGUACAAGAACGUGAUGUUCUAAUGACUUUUUAAACUUGUGGUUUGCCGUGUCUGUCUCAUCACGGCCAGGCAUGCCGUUGCAGUAGCUCCGAGGUGUGAACACGCCCUUCCUCCAGCUGUGCUCUGGAGGUAGUCACACUACACUUGUCACUAGAGGUCUGCACAGGGGCGUUCGGUGCAGCGUUACAGUGAAUGUCUCUUUUCCUAGAAUAGAUGUACUCUCUUAGGGACUUAUGUUUACGGUUAUCCUAAAUACUAUUGCUGUCUUUUAAAGAUAUGAAUGGUAGGAUAUAAACUUGAUAUAACUGCUGUUGUUUUUGAAUCUUAUGACUCAUGGUUUACGUGUAUCACAGUGAAACCCUAGUUAACUUUUACAGACACAGUGUAAGUUGACUUUCUGUCCCUCAGUGUCCCCGCGUGUGUAGGAUUACAUGCUUCUGCAACAACUGAAAAUUAGAACCUUGGAAGUUUUCAGUUUCACAGAAAGGAACUUAGCUUGACUACGGGUUAGUUUUGGAAGAAGGCGUUGAUAAAGCAGAGCUUUGGGUGACAUCAAGUGUUAGACCUUCCUUUAUAGACUUCGUCCUUCAGAUGCAGUCUGUGAGAAACACCAUGCAGUCGUGUGUGCUCACCAGCUAUCGUGAACCGUGGUGUGCUUUUGUUGGUUUAUUGUUGUAAUUUUGUCAAAGGAAGUGACAUUUUUGUUUUUGUAAUUGUUGCCAACAGUUUAAAGCUAAUUUUCAUUAUUUUUUGAGCCAAAUUAAAAUGUGCACCUCCUGUGCCUUUCCCAGUCUUGGAAAUAUAAUUUCUUGGCGGAGGGUCAGAUUUCACUGCUCAGUCGUCCCCAUCUGACUACGCUGUGCACAGUCUGCCAUGUGCCUGGCUUAGAAGUCCCUGUAAAAUCCGUCAGAAUAUGUUUGCUAUAAGAUCUUCUCUCAAGGUCAGGAAAGCUUCUCUCCUCGUUCCUUCCGUUUUCUGUCUGUAUUCUGUGGUGUUUGCCAUGUUGCCUGCAUCACAAGAACAGCAGGAGAAAUUUGCCCCCAGUGCUAUUUUUCUAGGUGCUAUUAUGGCAAACUCUGUGGUCUCUUUUUGUUCCUGUAAUGUUUGAGCGUCUUGCUGGUUGUGAAAUGCUGAUUAGCAGAGCCCUGUGCCCGAGCAGUGUUAGCAUAGGUAUGAAUAAACACAAGUAGUAUCUUAUUUAAAACUGUGGAUUAACAUAAAAGGGAGAAUAUAUUUAUUUUUUACAAAAGGGAUGAAAAUAAAGUUCUUUCUUCACCCACCAAAUUCAUCAAGAAAAAAAAGUUCUAUUCUGAAAGGUCAGAGUGGUUUUGAUAUUACAAAUCAGAAAAGUGUAGACAUCUCAAUUUUUAAACACGCACUGACCAGGCUGGCUUAUGAACUCCAAACUCCAAGCCGCUCAGUUGUGGUGAAAUGUAUAGAUCCCACCUUUUAGUGUCCCGCACUCAUUGCUGCACACAGGAGUCUUCUUUAAGUGCUAAUUGUUUUCUUUCACGGGUUUACUGUGUUGUUACAGAGAAUGUAAGUUGUACAGUGAAAUAAGUUAUUGCAGCAUGUGUAAACACUGUUAUAUAUCCUUUCUCCUAGAUGGGGAAUUUUGAAUAAAAUACUUUGGAAAUUC